AUGGACUCGUGGACCCACAAGAAGUGCCACCAGUCUAAGAAGUGUAGGACCAAGGACCAGGAGGAAUUUGCUAGGAAGUUUCCAUACAGGCUCAGUUGGCUGACAGAGUCUGGUUCCAAGUCCCUGCAGACUUGGGAGGUCACGGAGAUUAACAACACACUGAGGAAGCAGCUGCCCCUGCAGAAGAAGCUGGUGCCAAUGAGGUCCAUUCCCGUCAGAGGGUUCCAAGCUCCAGAUUAUCCCUCACAGGGGCUCUCCUCCCCGAUACCACCACGGCUGCUGACCGUGAAAAACCUCUGGGAAAUCAAGCUGCUGGUGUAACAAUUUCCCAGACAAGGAGCCACCAUGCUGCCCCUCCUAUACACCCAUAUACACCACCCCUGUAGGGGCUUCGUGCGCGAAGUGUCCAGAGGCAUCUCCUAG